CGGGCCCGGAAGUGGUGGGUGGCGCGUGUGGCGGCGCCUGUGAGGGGCCGCGGUGGGCAGCGAGCGGGGCGGCUCUGAGGCCGGGGCCGGGCAGGAAGAUGCCAGUGGCGGUGAUGGCGGAAACCUCCUUCAGCUUCAAGAAGCUCCUGGAGCAGUGCGAGACGCAGGAGCUGGAGGCCCCUGGAGGAAUUGCAACACCCCCAGUUUAUGGUCAGCUUCUAGCGCUAUACCUGCUGCACAAUGACAUGAAUAAUGCACGAUAUCUUUGGAAAAGAAUUCCUCCUGCUAUUAAAUCUGCAAAUUCUGAACUUGGUGGAAUUUGGUCAGUAGGACAAAGAAUUUGGCAGCGAGACUUUCCAGGAAUCUACACAACAAUCGGUGCACAUCAGUGGUCUGAGACUAUUCAACCAAUCAUGGAAGCACUUAGAGAUGCAACUAGGAGGCGAGCUUUUGGACUGGUUUCUCAGGCAUAUACCUCAAUAAUUGCAGAUGAUUUUGCAGCCUUUGUUGGACUUCCUGUAGAAGAAGCUGUGAAAGGGGUGUUAGAACAAGGAUGGCAAGCAGACUCAACAACUCGUAUGGUAAUGCCUAAAAAGCCAGGGACACUGGAAGCUUCCUUUAACAGAUUUAUUCCUUUACCAGAACCUGCUACCGUUCCACCAAUUCCUAAUGAACAACAGUUGGCCAGAUUAACUGACUAUGUGGCUUUUCUUGAAAAUUAAUUACCCCAUUCCUGCGUUCAAGACAGAACCUGGAAAUUCUGUGUACUGGCAGUUCUACUAUCUAAAACUUACUUUUAUGCUGUUUGUUAAAUGUUGCAGUCUCCUCCUACUGGAAUAUGUUGAUAAAAUAUAUAGAGAGUAUAUUUUGUUCCUAUAUGUGUUUUGCCAAAGCAAAGUUAGUAGUUGAAAUAGUCCUUAACUCCAAUAAUAUUUAUCCAUUAGGUACACAGCAGUAUUACAUGUUAAGUUUUAUUCUCUUAUGACUCGUAGCGGGAAAGGGCAUAUCUCUCCAACUGUACUGAUAUAGACUAUUGCAAAGCAGCAAACAGAAGGAAAGAGAAGAGUUUCCAUCAGCGAAG